CAGUCUCCACUUAAAGAUGCCUGAACCGCGUAGAAGCUAAACUAAACCCUGUCUUCCCUCGCCUCUCUAAAACCCUAACAAAAAAUACUCUCCUCCUCCUCCAAUUAAUCAGCUACCGUCGCUGUUCAUUUCUCUGUAACGACAAGAAAACAAUGGCAACCGCUUCUUUAGACGAAGCUACUGCAAAGGAAGUUCUAAGACAGGUGGAGUUUUACUUCAGUGACAGCAAUCUCCCAAGAGAUAACUUCAUGAGAAACACUAUAACUCAAAGCGAAGAUGGGAUGGUUGAUUUGUCGUUGAUAUGCUCAUUUAAGAAGAUGAGAGGCUAUUUGAAAUUAGUAGAUGCAAAGCCUGAAGAAGUGCCUGAUGAAACUCUUAAAGCUGUUGCUGAAACUCUCCGACGAUCUUCCUCUCUUAAAAUUUCCGAUGAUGGGAAGAAAGUUGGUAGGAUUGCUGCACUUGUAAAGCCAGAAGAGGCUAUUGAGCAACUAGACAUAAAAACAAUUGCUGCAUCACCACUCGAGUAUAAUGCAAAAAUGGAAGAUGUUGAAUCUUUUUUUGGACAAUAUGGCAAGGUUUCUAGCGUGAGGAUGCCUCGCCAUGUGGCUGACAAAAGGGCAAUUUGUGGCUCUGCUUUGGUCGAGUUUGCAAAUCAGGAAGAUGCUGAAAAUAUUUUGAAGCAAAGUUUGGUUUUUGCAGGCGUGCAGCUGGAGCUGAAGCCAAAGAAGGAAUUUGACGCUGAAAGAGCUAGGCAAGAAGAGAAGUUUAAAAAUUCCCAUGCAGUUUCAGGUUCCAAUAACAAGAACAAUCCAGAAACAGACUACCCCAAGGGCUUGAUUGUUGCAUUUUCGUUAAAGGCAAUUUCGACGGAGGCAUCUGUAGAACAGGGUGGAGCUCAAGAGCUUGUCAGAGUUGAUGCAAAUGCCAGUAAAUCAGAUGGAGAAUCAACCCCCGCGGAGAACACUGGUCAAGAAAAUGAACAGAAGUUGUCAGAUAACAUCUCUGCUGCUAAAGAAAAUCAUGAAAUGAGUGUCGAGGAGGGUAAAGAAGAAAAGGUUGAUGAGGAAAAUGGCUCUGAAAGUACAGGAAUGGAAACAGAAGGGAAGUCAUCUGAAGGACCUAUUGAGAAAGAUAAGGAGAAAGAGGAACAUGUUGAGGUGGGGAAAGAAGAAAAGGUUGACGGGGAAAAUGGCUCUGAAAGUAAAGGAAUGGAAACAGGAAAGAAGUCGUCUGAAGGAGCCAAUGGGAAAAAUAAGGAGAAAGAGGAACAUGUAAAAGCUGAUGCCUACAAGAACAACAUGAAUGUUGUAAUGCGUGAGGAUCUGAAGGCUGUGUUUGAAAAAUUUGGCACUGUCAAGUUUAUUGAUUUCAAGAUUGGAGAGGAAUCCGGGUAUAUUAGAUUUGAACAACCUGAGUCAGCGCAAAAGGCACGUGCAGCUGCAGUCCUAACUAAAGAUGGGGGCCUUGCUGUAAAGAAUUUCAUUGCUACUUUAGAACCUGUGACUGGUGAGGCAGAGAAGGAAUACUGGAGCCUUCUUCGAGGAAAUCAAGAAAAACAUCGGGGAAAUUCAAGUAACCGAGGAAGGGGAGGAAGACACUUCAGAGGUGGUAAGCAUUCUCGGUCAAGAGACUUCAAUUCAGGUGGUCGGCCAAAUAAAAGUCAGAAAGUCUGAGAAUCUGGUGAAAUGAUGAUGUGCCGGUUAUCAGUUUUGGAGGUAAAUUUUGUACGAGAGCGAGCAAGUUGGCUACGCCUGACUUCCCUUGGGCCAUUCAUGCUUCAUCAGAUACAGUAAUGUUUUUGAUGUUGAAGUUACUUCAUAGAGGUGCAAAUAAUAACGGUUCCAGCUUAAUUGAGUUUUUGAUGAAAUAUUUAGUAUGUCUUUUGCACCCAUUACUAACUUUUUGACAUGCAUGGCCAUAAUUUAUGUUUUGUCUUUGUAUUUCAAACUUUAGUGUGAACGAAAUGGUGAUUUCUAUUAGUCAUUAUUUCUUUAUAAAGUUACGGUCAUAUUCUAU